AUGUCACUAUCAAUAAUAACUGACAGUAAUGAGGAACUUCUGAGAGAAGAUUAUGAGGAAAUCGGUCAAAGUGUCAGCAAGACAAACAAAAGUUUAGCUUUAGGUCUAGGAAAAUCUAUCUCUAUUAAAAAUGAUGUAAUAAACAGUAGUAAAAAUAACGAAUCUCGUCUACAACUAUAUCCGGCUGAAAAUUCUUUUUUAUCACUGCAUAAAAAUAACUUGCCUAUGUCGUUAUCUUCGCCACUAACUUCAAGUGGCCCAACUCCUAAUGGCUCUAGUCCAGACAAAAAUGAAAUUGCAACAAGCAUUACAACAACAACUUCUCCUAUCUGCAAUAUUUCACUAAACAACACCAACAACAGCAAUGAAAGUUACAUAUCCCUUGUUUUAAAGUCCUCCCCAGAGCAGAAUUGUGACAGUGGUUACGACGAUACAGACAAAAGUAGCAUAAACUCAAAAGUCUCUCCGAACAAAUCUUCGGAUGACGACAAAUCGCCUAACUGUGAAGUGGAGAGGUUAAAAAAGAUCAUAAAUGAGAAGGAUAAGCAGUUGGAAAUAGCAGCUCAGUAUGGUAUAACACUACUGCAGAAGAAUGCUGAACUACAGUCACUCAUUGACGCUAAUACAACUGAAGAUGUUCUCACAAAAUUAGAACAACUGACCAAUGAGAAGCACCAGAUGAAAAUGCAACAUGAAUCAACCAAUCACGAGUAUGAGGUCAUCAUAAAUGACCUUCGAAAUGACAUUGUGACCUUGAGUGGGGGCUUUGAGGACGAGAGAAGGAUCUGGAAGAUUUUAGAAACGAGAGUGGAGAUGGGCAGAAUGGUUGAAUUGAAAUCAAACGAAUGCAAAUUGCUGUCAUGUGCACUGGACGAGGCCCAAAACAAAAUCAACCAGCUGGAAAAGGAAAAAGAUAAUGAAUAUAACAAGAUAAAAAACGGUAUAAAUUAUAAAUCUAAAAAAGCGGAAAAUGAACACAGACUACAAAUGGAUGUGUAG